AUAUACUAUUGAAUAUUUCGCGGAAUUAUUUUUAAACCUACCGCUGCCAUAAACUACUCUUAUACAAAUGUCUGGACCAUUUAAACAGAAUGGAGAUAAAAGUUUUACUAGUAAAAUCAAGUUUGUUGCCUGGGCCCAGAGUAUGGAUUUACUAGCCCUUGUAUCUGAGGCGAAUCAUGUAUCUAUAUACAGAAUUAACUGUGAAAAGGUCUGGGAAAUUGAAGAUGCUCCUCAAGAGGCCGAGGACAGUCCUAUUGCGUCAGUUGCUUUUAGCCCCGAUGGAAGCGUAAUAGCAAUUGGCUUCUUAAAUGGGUUUAUAUGUUUACACGAAGUCGAAUCAAAGAGACGAUUAUUUCGAUAUAAAGUUAAAGCAUCGAUAACAUGUUUAUAUUGGUAUGGGAAUGUUCAGGAAAAUUCAUAUAAACCUCCUCAAUUUCCUAUAUUUAAAGAUGAAGUCAGUCAACACUUGCCUGAACUCUCAGCUUUUACUAAAAUUUACGGUAUAACAGCUUCAGAGGAGGAGCAAGAAGAAUGGGAAGAAUUUAAACAGUUAAUGCAUCAAAACGAAUUCAGUAUCCUACUAACGGGAACUGAGAACGGUGCUGUUCACUUUUUCACGUAUGGUGUUUCCCCGCUUACUCAUAUAAAAUUGAAUAGAUUUACCAAAGUCAAAGUAGAGAAGAUAUUAAACGUACAUUUGUCUCAAGAUAUGAAAAGUAUCAGUACAAUCUGUCAAGUUGUCAGCGAAGAAGGAUUAUCUAGAAUUGUUCUAGUAAAGCUUAAUUGUGGUAUGAUAGAAGAACAUGAAGAACAAAUUCAAAUUAUCGCUCAAAAGUUUAUGAAUUUAUUGAUGUGUUCGCAAUACUUGAAAUCUAGUUUAAGCAAAAUAAAAGAAGUUUUUGAAACAACUACAAGACAGAUGGAUGGAAAAAUAGCUAAAUUACUUGAAGCUAAAAAAAAAGCGGGUGGAGGUGAUUUAGUUAACGAUUUCCUUAGAUUGUUACUCUACGGAACCAAGAGUGAUGAAAUGGAAGCCUUUUUCAUGAGAGAUAACCAAGAAAGGGCAAUUAAAACUAUAAGUCGUCUUCUUGAAUCCUACUAUUCAAGUAUGCAUAAGUUACUUAUUAAACAUAUUCAAAGUGCUGCCGAAAUAUCUAUAUACGAAAUGGAAGAUCUAAGAUCAAUGUCACAAAGAGUUGAAGAAUUUAAUAAAUUAAAUUUCGACAAUCAUUUGAUUGUAAAAAGUUUAAAAUUUGCUUUUCUUAUACAUUACAAAGCCAAUGAAAUGUCUCAAGUUAUUAACAAAUCUACUGAUAAUUCAAAAGCGUUUUUUAAAUGGUUCUAUAAUACUAUUCUAAGACAUAAUGAAGAAACUGGUCCAAGCGAAUUAACAAAAAUGUCUCAUCAAGAGAUUGACAAAGUAACUGAAUUUUUAAUGGAUAGUUUCUAUCCUGCAGAAAAAGAUAAUAUUUCAAAUUUUCAUCUUGAAAGAGUAGCGCAGUAUUUAAGAAAUGAACCGUUACGAGAGGAUUUAAGAGUAGAUACUGAUGAAUUUAAUAAAUUCUUACAAGAUAAUCACGAUAUACUUGAAUAUUUAGGUGAUGAUGAUAUUUUUUGUGUUUCUUCCGAAUCAUCAUUGGUUCAAGUUUGUCUCAACUUUCGUCAAGCAUUAUACGAAUGUAUUGAGAAUUUUGCUAUCUCUUUAGGCGAAAACAUAAACUUAGAGAAUGUGAUCAACCUAUCUAAGCCAGCAGUUAUUGAAGAAUUAAAUGUCAACAGAAUAAGUGUUUGCCAGUGGACCAGUUACGACGAUGACGGCUGUAUAUUAUUAGGUUCUUAUGUUCCAAGAGAUCAAGUACAAUUGUGUUGUUUCGUAAAGCAAUCAAGCCAGUAUCAGGGCAAAAUUAUUCAUUUUAAUGACUUCAAAAGCUAUGGUAAAUGCGACAUCCUCUCUAUUUCUCAUUAUAAUGAUAGAAUUUUAACAAUUUUAUUAAAACAAUCCAAUCCCUCUUUGGGUUGUAUUCUCCUACAAUUCGAUGUAACCUCACUAGUAAAUUGGUUUCAUGUGGACAAUGAACUUCCGAUUGAAGGGCAAAUGUGAGUAUACAACAUCAUUGUAUUACUAUUAUUGUAAAUAUUAAUAUGGAUCUUUUAGAACCCACGAAAAUGCCUCUGAAUUUAUUCAAGAUCACCAAUUUAAAGUUCUUGAUAGUAAUAACUUUAUACACGCAUUUGCAAGUGGCCAAAGAGACGUUUGCGCUCUGUUGGGAAGUUCUAAUAAAAAGUUGCACUUUUACUUUAUGCAAGCUGAAGAUGACGAAGGAGAUAUGGAAGAUACAGAUACAGAAUUAAGUUAAAUUACAAUAACGUUAUAAAUAUAUUUAUGUAAAGUUUUACUUUUUUCAAUUUUAUGUUUGUUAAAAUAAAUUUCGAUAUUAAUUCUUA